AUGUUCUACUACGGGCAUACCUAUCCUUACGAGCCGUCCCACUACCCUGGGAUGGCGGCGCCCGCGGUUCCGCCUCCGCCGCCCACGGGGGGGAUCAACUCGGUCCUUGAGUAUGACCUCAACCACAUGGCGGCAUUUGCCCUGUGGUGUGCUUUCGGCAUGCUCAAGCGGCCCCGCACUCCGUCGAAGGAGUUCGAGCAGUUGAUGGUUCUGGUCCUUUUCGCCACACGGUUGCCAAAGCUGACGAUCAUUAUUGGCCUCGAGUACAUGAACCAGCGGUUCCACGCUUCACGUUCGACCCACAACGACUCGUUACUGGGGCACGACGUGUUUGUCCACCUAAUCGUGGCGUUGGUGCUCGCCAACAAGUUCAACGACGAUAACACUUUCACUAAUAAGCUGUGGUGCGGUGCCACCGGGCUUCAGUUGACUCAGCUCAACCAUCAAGAAGCCGCAUGGUUAGCCGCCUGCAAAUGGAAUAUGAACGUUGUCAAUUUUGAACUGAAUAUUCUUACCCUUGAAGAUUGCUGGCGUCUGUGGAUGGAGAGCCGCGAACCUGUUGUCGCCAUGCCUCCUCCCACGUUGCCGCCAACUCUGGUUGCCCUGCCGAUGAGUCCCUUCGAUGCUCACUACCAGGCCACCCCAAUGACUCCCUCCUACUCAAGCUAUCUGGGUGCAUACCAGGCUUACUCUCUGCCGCAGUACACCCAAUAUUCGCUGGCUUAUGGAAGCCACAACUACGUACCCACACAUGGCCCGCUUCAGGCUCCGUUCACUCAGCCGAUGCCGGGUUACGUGGGCUUUCUGCUGCCCCACAACUAUCAAUCGCCAGUGUUUGAUCCGGUGAUUCAAUACGCUCAAAAGUCCAUCCAUCAGAACCCAUACUACUACAAUGUAUUUUGA